GGAAAAAGAGGUGGUGAAGGAAGCAAAGCUAGCGAGAGACGCAUGGGUCAUAUACAAACAAUUCCAGCGGCAGCGGUAGCGGCAGAAACCUGCAUACCCCAACAACAACAACAAUACAUCACCCAUUUACCAACGCCUCUUCUAUUCACACACAAUCCCAUGCACUCACGCACUUUCUCUCUCUCUCUCUCUCACGCCUUUUCUUAUUAAAUUAUACUCAUUUACUAUCAUUGUUAAUUACUAAUUAUUCUUCUUUUUUUAUUUGAGAAAAUUAUUUUCGGGGGAAGUAUUUAAAUAAUAAGGGUGGUAAGGAAGAAUAAGAAUAAGCAAGAGGAGACUAGUUCUUAAGAAAAGGCAAGUCGAAGCCAAGAAGAAGAGAAGGAAGGGAAAAGAGAAAGAAAGAGGGAGCAGAAUAAGGUGUCUCUCUUGGACUGAUUCGCUUCCAUCGCAUCUAUCUCUUCCCCCCCAUAUCUACUACUCUCUCAUCUAUUCAUUCUCUCUCUCUCUCUCUCUCUCUCUCUCUCUCACCCGCACACAACAACAUCAAAGGCAAAUCCAGAACAUUAAAGACUAGUGCUGUCUUCAUAAUUCGUUGAUGGCCGUUCAAGCUCAAUACCCAUCCAAUGUCCUCUUUCUAAACAGAAACGGGCAAGAAGGGCAUGACUAUUCAUUGCAACCUCAACCCGGAGGAGGUCUCCUGAAUCAGUCUCACAUGUUAUACAACGACAAUGGAAGUAAUAGUAAUAAUAAUAAUAAUUGUCGCAAGAGAGGGAGAGAAGAGAUUGGACACACAGUAACAACAACAGGCAUAGGCUCUAAUGUUAAUCCAUUCUCUUUGCAAUCUCAGCCUCCACAGCUUAUACACCUCUCUCAACUCCAUAAUCACCAACAAAAUGCUGUCUCCACUGGCCUAUGCUUGUCCUUCGAUGACCAACAACAACAACAACAACAAACACUACAACUUCAUCAUCAUCAACAACAACAUGCCUCUCACUCCUCUGCUUUCCUUUCUCUAUUGUCCCAAGGCUUCUCUUCCCAAUUCAAACAACAACGAUACGAAAUUGAUCAAUUACUUCAAGCUCAGGGAGAGCAACUGCGGCGGACAUUGGCAGAGAAGAGGCAAAGGCAUUACCGGGCGCUGCUGAGCGCGGCGGAGGAGGCGGUGGCCCGGCGGCUGAGGGAGAAGGAAGCCGAAGUGGAGAAAGCCACCCGCAAGAACGCGGAAUUAGAAGCACGCGCGGCCCAGCUGAGCGUGGAGGCGCAGGUGUGGCAGGCCAAGGCCCGAGCCCAAGAGGCGACGGCGGCGUCCCUCCAGGCCCAAUUGCAGCAGACCAUAAUGUGCCACGGCGGCGAGGACGGCGGCGGUGGCGUGUCCUGCGCCGUGGAGGGGCAGGCGGAGGACGCCGAGUCGGCCUACGUUGACCCUGAGCGCGUGGUGGCCGCGGCGGCGCGUCCGAAAUGCAGAGGGUGCGGGAAGCGCGUGGCUUCGGUUGUGGUAUUUCCGUGUCGGCACUUAUGCAUCUGUACAGAAUGCGAUGCGCAUUUCCGAGCAUGCCCCGUUUGUCUCACCCUUAAGAUUAAAACCGUCGAAGUCCUUCUCUCUUAACCAUUCCCUUUUGCUGAAUUACCCCCCUCCUUGUCCAUAUCACUGCCUUCCAAACAGGCCCUUAAAAAAAUUUUAUAAAAGAAAAUAUAAAUAAAUUUAUUACAUUUUUGUUUCACUUUUGAAUUUUCAUGUCGAAGGGAAGUUUGAUUUGAGUAGAUUUUACCUUCGGUCGAUGUACAUGGCCACGUGGGUAGCAGUGGCAUUUAAUUUUUAUUUUUAUUUUUUGGUUAUCUCUCUUUCUUCUGGAAAUUCUAUUGCAUUGAUAUAAUAUUGAUAUAUAUAUAUAU